AUGGCCAAUGAUUCAGAAGCAACUUUAGAAAGCACACCAACAUGGGCUGUGGCAACAGUUUGCUUCAUAUUGACAGUAAUCUCCAUUCUUAUUGAGCAUUUGCUCCAUCUUUUGGGCAAGUAUUUCAAGCGGAAAAGGAGGAAGUCCCUGAUUGAGGCUCUUGAAAAGAUCAAAUCAGAAUUGGUGCUCCUGGGUUUCACAUCUUUGUUGCUAACUGUAAGCGAAAAACAAAUUGCAAAUAUUUGUAUUCCAAAGAGUGUUGGUGAAACUCUUCUUCCCUGCGCAAGCAUGACUUUUGACAUUGCUGAAGAAGAAACAAAAUGUGCAGACAAGGGGAAAUUAUCAUUGUUGUCCAGGAAUGGUGUCCGAGAGCUGCAAUACUUCAUCUUUUAUUUGGCUUUGUAUCAUGUUAUUUCCUGCAUCCUCACCUUUAGUCUUGGAAUGGCCAAGAUGAGGCGGUGGGAGAAAUGGGAAACAGAAACAAGAACAUUGGACUAUCAAUUUUCAUAUGAUCCACGGAGGUUUCAGCUCACUCAUCAGACAUCAUUUGGGAAGCGGCAUCUUAAUUAUUGGAGUAAUAAUCCAGUACUGUAUUGGCCUGUCUGUUUUGUUAGACAAUGUUAUAAAUCUGUCUCCAAGGUUGAUUACUUCACUCUUAGACAUGGAUUCAUCACGGCCCAUUUUGCAGAAGGAAGUAACUUUGACUUCCCAAAAUAUAUAAAACGAGCUUUGGAAAAAGAUUUUGAAGUGAUCGUGGGAAUAAGCUGGUGGAUUUGGAUCUUCUCAGUACUUUACAUAUUUUUCAAUGCAAAUGCAUUCUCCAGCCAUUUCUGGCUGCCCUUUAUUCCGCUAAUGGUGUUUUUAUUGGUGGGAACAAAGCUACAGAGCAUAAUAACAGAUAUGUGCUUAGAUAGUCAUGACAAGUCCCAUGUGGUAAGAGGAACUUUGCUUGUGAGGCCCAGUGACCACUUUUUCUGGUUUGGAUGGCCCAAGCUGCUUCUCCAUCUCAUUAGCUUCAUAUUGUUUCAGAAUUCUUUUCAGCUGGCAUUUUUCACCUGGACUUGGAUACGAUUUGGCAUCAGAUCAUGCUUUCAUCAAGAAACUGAGAAUAUAAUCAUAAGGGUAGCUAUGGGUGUUUCAGUACAAAUCCUUUGUGCCUAUGUAACACUACCUCUUUAUGCUUUGGUUACUCAGAUGGGUACUUCCAUGAGCAAAGUUGUGUUUACAGAGAAUGUGAUUAGAGGCAUUCAAAUUUGGCGUGAGAAGGCCAAGAGGAAUAUGACAAGGCAUUCAAAUUUGUCGCUGGAUAUUUCAAUUGACUCUUCACCUUCUUUCGGGCACAUGGCUGUUGACACUGUGGAUGAAAACAAAGCGAGUGAACAAGAAUCCGAGAAUCAAGAACCAAAGCUAGGUUCAUUUCACGGAUUUGACACGCAAAACAGAGGAAAACCUUUCCACUCAUGA